AUGCCUUUGGCGAAAGCUGCUACGAUUCCGACUAGGAAACGGAACAGGAAACGCAAACGUCGUGCGGCGUCCUCUUCUUCAUCCUCUGCGUCUUCUUCAUCUUCUUCAUCUGAAGAUGAGUCUCCUCAAACAUUCGGAUUCCGAGUCAGACUCUUCAUCUUCAUCCUCCGCUUCUCCGAGUCUUCAAGCUCUGUUCGUUCUACUAGUCUGCAAGCCGCCGCUACUACACACGCUCUCCCAAAGCCAAAACGACGGGACUCCCACUCGCCCUCUCCACCACCAACAGCCCUCCCCUCGUUUUUACCUCCAUCCGGCACGGAAGGUUCACACAAAAGAGAGGAAGAGCUAAGGGCUCGGUUUCGUAGUUUUUGGAUGGCAAGCGUCGCAGAUGGAUUUCGAGCGGAUUUAGAAGAGCUUCAUAAGGAGCCGAAUUUGACAGAGUCUCGCCUUUCGUUGCUUAUUGAUUCUUUAGCGUCCGGGGCAGAUGUAUUCAUGUCCGGCCCCUCGGGAACUAGUCGCGGAGGACUCGAAUCAAUUAGUGGAAUAAACGAGAUGGAGGUUGUUCUCGAUGGUACCACAUAG